CGUUAUCACGUGUAACCAUUGUUGUCCCUGCCAUGUAUGAAGAAAUGCUAGAUUAAACAAACUUUGGCUCGCUGACCCGAUCAACUGAUGAGUACGUGGCGUUCGGUUACCUAGGCUAUCUCAGAACCCGUAAAAAGUAAGAUUGUAUCACCCUACAGACACCAUGAAAGCCUUAAUUCUAGUUGGAGGGUUUGGGACGCGUUUACGACCGCUGACCCUUAGCUGUCCGAAACCACUUAUUGAAUUCUGCAACAAAUCUAUGCUGCUUCAUCAGAUUGAAGCAUUAGCAAAUGUAGGAGUUAAAGAAAUUGUCCUUGCCGUUAGUUAUCGAGCAGAGAUGCUGGAGAAAGAAUUAAAGACACAAGAAGAAAAGCUUGGUAUCAAAAUAACAACAUCACAUGAAGAAGAACCAUUAGGAACAGCUGGCCCAUUAGCCUUAGCAAGAAAGAUCCUAGAAGCAGAUGGAGAGCCAUUUUUUGUUUUGAAUAGUGAUAUUAGUUGUGUAUUCCCCUUCAAACAAAUGAUAGAAUUUCAUCGUAAUCAUGGGAAGGAAGGAACAAUUGUGGUAACAAAGGUGGAAGAGCCAUCCAAGUAUGGUGUUGUAGUUUAUGAUUCAACGAAUGGUAAAAUUGAGAGUUUUGUUGAAAAGCCACAAGUGUUUGUCUCAAAUCGAAUUAACGCUGGCAUGUAUAUUUUUAGUCCUGCUAUAUUGGAAAGGAUACAGUUAAAACCUACAUCAAUCGAAAAAGAAAUUUUCCCUGCGAUGGCAGCUGACUCUCAACUCUAUGCAUUUGAAUUAGAUGGUUAUUGGAUGGAUGUAGGGCAACCGAAGGACUUCCUCACAGGUAUGUGCAUGUAUUUGAAUCACAAGAAGCACAUGUCACCCGAAGAGCUCUACCAAGGAGAUGGGGCUGUUGGAAGCGUUCUAGUGGAUCCAUCUGCAAAGAUAAGCAAGAACUGCCGAAUAGGUCCAAAUGUUGUGAUAGGGCCUGAUGUGACGAUCGAGGAUGGGGUAUGCAUCAAGAGGAGUACCAUACUAAAAGGAACAACAAUUAAAUCACAUUCAUGGAUUGAGUCUUCCAUUAUAGGCUGGAAAUGUACUGUUGGCCAAUGGGUGAGAAUGGAGAAUGUGUCUGUAUUAGGUGAAGAUGUAAUUGUUAAAGAUGAGCUUUACAUUAAUGGCGGCCGCAUUCUACCUCACAAAUCCAUCGGUGCUUCUGUCCCUGAGCCUGCAAUUAUUAUGUAAGAAUAAAAUGCAAUUAAAUUUUAACUGGGGAAGAGGAAAUUAGAAGAAAGAGCAGAGCAGAAGGGGGACAUGGAGCAAAUAGAGAUAGCUGAGAACCAUUAUAUGGAACAGGGGACCAAAUCAAGCUGGUGACAAUUCAAGCAGGGAACCAGUUAAAUUAGCAGAACAGCAGUGGGCUCAUUCUAAAGGGUUGUAAAUUAUUUUCAUUUAUUUUGUCUACACAUUUAAAUGCAAGACUUUGUGACAGAAAAAUUAUUAUAGAACACAAAAAAAUUAAAAAUAUGUUAUAUUAACAUACUAUUUUGAUAUUAAUAUAUUGAAAUAGCCAUACAAAAAGACUAAAAUAUAGAGGCUGUUGAAUUUUCUUUUGAAUGAUCCUAGGAUAUGAGAUAGUGAAACGUUAAUGUAAGUUAACGUUUUUUAUUUCGUCAAGGUUUCGCUAGUUAGCGACACAGAUUAAUCAUGAGUUGUGUCAUGAAGCAUUAGAGUAUUUCCAUGAAAUCUUGUUAUUAUUUUAAUGUUUCAAUAGAAUUUAAAAUAAAUUUAAUUCCAUGUAGAUAGUUAACAAGAACAAUUCAAUUAAAUGAAUUGCAAGAAUGUUCAGUAGAUUUAUAUAAAAAUAUACUGGUAUUGAUAUCAUGGUUGAGGUCAUGAAUAUUCAUGGAGGUCAGCAAUAUUGACCUCAUUAACAUAUGUGUGCCUGUGUUAUGAUUUAUUUCAUUAUAGAUAUGAUUUAGACAGAUUAGUUAUUUGUGUAAUAAUAAUGUCCUUUAUAUCCAGACUAUCAAGUUUUAUUGGACAAAAACAUGUGAAAUGCCUAAAUAUGGUCAUGAUGACAUCACAUCAUGACCAUAUAUAGACACAUCAUGACUAUAUAUAGACACAUCAUGACUAUAUAUAGACACAUCAUGACUAUAUAUAGACACAUCAUGACUAUAUUUAGGCACAUCAUGACUAUAUUUAGGCACAUCAUGACUAUAUAUGUCAGAGAAUUUGAUAAUCUGUACAUGGUGGGCAUUUCAUAAUAUAAACAAAGUUUCUUUAUGUAUGUCCAGUACAUUAUGUUUUGCUGUCAAAAAUAAAUAAAACAGUAAUACAGUAAUAUGAAAUAA